AUGCAUUCAACCGAGGACGAGGGCCAAUCCAGCACCAACUACUCCCACAGAGGCCGAAGACGUCCACCGAGUCAUCUUAAACGAGAUGUCGGAGGCACAAUUGGCCAGGCAAGCUGGAUCAGUAGCGUUGUCAAUCUUUUAAACACAAUUCUUGGAGCGGGACUCCUGGCCAUGCCCCUCGCCAUGUCGCAUAUGGGCAUCCUUCUUGGAACGAUAGUGAUAUUAUGGGCUGGGCUUACGGCGGCGUUCGGACUGUACCUUCAAACUCGAUGCGCGCAGUACCUGGAGAGAGGAUCCGCAUCAUUCUUUGCGCUGUCGCAGCUCACAUACCCAAAUGCUGCGGUGGUCUUUGAUGCAGCUAUCGCCAUUAAAUGCUUCGGUGUUGGUGUCAGCUACCUAAUCAUUAUCGGAGAUCUGAUGCCAGGAGUUAUAGACAUUUCUGGGCUUAUCGUCAUACCACUCUCCUUCCUCCGACGUCUUGACUCGCUCAAAUACACUUCUGUAAUCGCUCUCAUAUCAAUCGGCUACCUCGUUAUCCUAGUAGUCUACCACUUCUGCGCUGGCGACACUCUCCGACAAGACCGAACCCCCAUCCGUGUCAUUCGCUGGGCCGGCCCAAUCCCUACAUUGAGCUCCUUUCCCGUCAUCGUCUUCGCCUACACCUGCCAUCAGAAUAUGUUCUCCGUCCUCAACGAGAUAGGCAACAACUCUCACUUCCGCACCAGCUCUGUUGCCAUUGUUAGCAACGGCACUGCAGCAGCCAUCUACGUUCUCGUCGCCAUCACCGGCUAUCUUUCUUUCGGCAACGAUAUAGGUGGCAACAUCGUCGCUCAGUACUUACCCUCAGUAUCUGCGACAAUCGGCCGUGCCGCAAUUGUUGUCUUGGUAUUGUUCUCUUACCCGCUACAAGUCCAUCCAUGUAGGGCGAGCGUCGACGCAGUGCUCAAAUGGCGGCCAAAGUCCCUGUUAAGGAGCAGCGGACCAAGCUCCCUCGACUCAAGCCCACCAAGGAGCACCCCCUUACUGCUGACAGGCAGGAAAAGAAAUGAUGGUUCGCUCAGCGAGACGAGAUUCGCUGCAAUCACGACGGCGAUCAUUAUUCUGAGCUUCAUCGUCGCGAUGACGGUCAACAGUCUGGAGGCCGUGCUAGCCUAUGUAGGGAGUACAGGGAGUACAUCCAUCAGCUUCAUCCUGCCGGGCUUGUUCUACUACAAAAUAUCGAGUCUCGACUCAGCACUACAUCAGCGUCUACUGAAAGAAGAAGAUGAUUAUGACGCUGAUAUCGAGGAUAAUCAUAGCGAUGCCGAUGCCGCAGGUGAAGAGAGGGACGGCUUGCUGAGUGGAAGCGGGAUCCUGAGCUCCAGUAUGGUCAUGUUGCGGAAUAAUACAAAGGCUUUUAGACGCAAGUUGUUGAGACGGCUGAGUCUGGCUCUGGCGAUCUAUGGACUGCUGGUUAUGGUUGUUUGCUUGAUUACCAAUACUUUCUUCAUUGUGGCGCACUGA